AUGUCUGAAGUUCUCCCAGUGGUCCUGAGAGGACCUAUUAUUGCAUUUUAUCCGAUCUUUACACUUCUUGGACAACUAGUCGGGUCUAUCGUGGUCUACACUUCGCUCAAGCACAAAGGCCCCGAAUCCUAUCGUAUCUGCUUUGCGUCGCAGUGGCCAUUUUCAGCUGUGCCCUUUGUACUGGCGGCCAUUUUACCAGAGAGUCCGACUUGGCUUUUGAGGAAAGGAAGAACGGAGGCAGCUUUGAAAGCACAGAAGAAACUUAACACGGCAAGAAUUGACUCGCAGGCUGUUAUUGAAGAGUUACAGGCCUCUAUUUUAGCCGAACAGGAGGAGAAGAACACGCACAGAUACAUUGACUGCUUCAGAGGAGUCAAUAUACGGAGGACCUUGAUUGUUGCUUUCGCAAGUCUGCUGCCGCAGAUGUUUGGAUUGCAGUUACUGGCAAACGCCUCCUAUUUCAUGCAGAUCGUGGGCAUGAGUUCGACAAAUAGUCUAAUCUUUUUGAUUUUGGGCAUUGGACUAGGUUUGAUUGCGAAUGUGAUCAGCCUAUGGACUUUGAAUGCUUUUGGUAGAAGGUCUCUCAUAUUGGGAACUCUGGGUGCUGCCAUGGUACUAUGGCUAGCGAUGGGAAUUGCAGGAUGCUUCAGCGGUACCGUGAUGAUCUGGUACACAUCUAUCACCAUGAUGGUGGUGACCAUGGUCUCUGGUCUUGGAACGUGGCCUGCAGCGCAUGUUGUCGCAUCGGAGACUUCGUCGCUACAACUCCGAGCCAAAGCCCAAGGUAUUGGAUGGUUUACCUCGGGUGUUGGCACAGGGGUAUUCGCUAUCAUCUUGCCAUAUAUCUACAACGCAGAUGAAGGAAACCUGCGCGCCAAGACCGGAUUCGUUAUGGCUGGAUUUGCUGCGGUCGGAAUCAUCAUUUCGUGGCUCGCUGUCCCGGAGAUGAAAGGUCGGACCCCUAUGGAGAUUGAUCGCCCGUCUGAAUUGUGGUACCAGCGUGCCCAAGAAGCAGUGAGUGAAAUUCGCAUGGCAACUCGGUCUCUCACUGCAUUUGAUGUUCAAGCUGUACUUCUCUAUUCUAUCGUCGUUUAUUGGUGCAAUGAGCCAGACCGAGGCGUCGAGCUACUUGAUGAAGCGAUCCGCAUGGCAGUAUCCAUCGGAAUGAAUAGGAAGGAAUUCUCUCAGACCUAUGGGCAUGGCGACUCGUUCCUUGAGGAAAGCUUGCGACGAACUUGGUGGGUGAUCUACAUCACCGACGCCCACAUCGCCGGCAGCACACACACAUAUCCAUUCCGAACCAGUAGCAUUGAUAUAACUACAGACCUUCCCUGCGAGGAAGAUGAAUAUGAAAGUGGAAACAUCCCACCGCCAAGAUCAAUAGAGGAUUAUGAGAACCGUGAAUUUUGCACCGAGGAAGACACUGAAUUUUCGUCCUAUGCAGAGCUCAUUGGUCUGACAUGGGGAGUUGAUCGGGCUUUAUCGCCGGGGAGUACGACAGACCCUCAACUCUACAUUGCCAUGGCUUCCGCCUCUGACACCAGCAUCCGAGCUUGGUACAGCCUUCUUUCUCCAUCGAAGAGAGAGCCCAUUCGGCCUGAUGGAUCCAUUGAUGAAGUGAUGUUCAAGGCAUUAUUCAUCAUGCACACGUACAACAUUGAGAUUCACCGACCGCUGUCCGCAUUAACGCACAGCGCAAUUGAGUCUGUCUCGCGCUGUGCUCCCAGGGCGCCAUCAGAGCAACUGAAAUGCAACAACGCAAAAGAAAAAGACCUUCACACCCUCAAAUGCACGAAGGCUAUAGACAGCAUCGACGAACUGUUGACUCUGCCAACCAACAUGAAAUCACACUCUCCGUUCAUAAUUUGCAUGAUUGCCAAUGUGACCAUCGCACAUCUAUCAGCUUGUCGAUUUAUCUACCAUGGCCAGAGAUUAUCCCAGAGCCGCGAGAAGAUUCGUUUGGCGAUGGGCACUUUGAAACGUCUUAGUGAGCACUGGGUUUUGGGCAAGCGGACAUACCGUGAAAUCGGGAUCAUUGCUCGAGAGCUAUUAUCACUGGCGAAAAAUACCCCUGUUGGUUUGGGGGGCGUUGGCUUAUCUUUGCCAGAUCCACCAUCUAUUGGUAUUCCUGCUUCAGAUAUGCUACCGGACGGAAAUUUCGACUUUUGUUCCUUUUUUGAUUCGGCUACAUCUGGACUCAGUGAGCCUAGCUUGCAAUUCAUUUUGUGA